GUGACGUGCUUGCUCCCACGCACCGUCGUGUGAAAAAGAAACAUAUUCCUUGUUUAUUUCAGCCUGAUCAGCACAGGCAGGUAGCACUAGUCACUUGAUCUACGGUGGACUGCAGUGGACAAAAAAACCAUCUUUCUCACUGUAACCCACAGCGUGCAUGCGUAAGGCUUCGAGGUGCGGCUUGUCUCUUAUCUGGGAGGAUUUCCAUGAGACCUUUCCAGGACUGUCACAAUCAUGAUAACAUCUCAGGGACUGCGCCUCCUGGCUCUCCUGUCUGUAGCGGGAACCACCAUAGUUACAAGUGAGGAGUAUGACUACUUUAAGUACCACCCUAUUUCUGAGAUCUCUGCCUGGAUGCUCCAGAUGGCCAAAAGUUAUCCAAAUAUUGUCACCAUCCAAGAGUACGGAAAGACCUACCAGCUACGACCGAUCCGUUUGCUCAAGAUCGGUCUGAAGUCUGAGGCAAAGAAGAAAGCCGUCUGGAUGGACUGUGGAAUUCACGCCAGGGAGUGGAUCGCCCCGGCCUUCUGCCAGUACUUUGUCAAGCAGAUGCUUCAAGCCCAUGACAAGGACCCCAAAGUCAAAGAAAUGAUGACCCACAUGGACUUUUAUGUGACGCCGGUGCUCAACAUGGACGGCUACUUCCACACCUGGAAGAGCAACCAGACCCGACUGUGGAGGAAGAACAUGUCACCGGGCCCUGCUGGCUGCAACUGCACCGGCACGGAUCUUAACCGAAACUUCGACGCCAGCUGGGGCACACUGGGAACGUCACAUGACUGCUGCGAAAUCACCUAUUGUGGAAGAGAAGCUGCUUCUGAGCAGGAGGCGCAGGCUGUCACCUACUUUGUAGGAAGCCGGAGAGAAGACUUCCUUUGCUUCUUUACCAUACACUCUUACGGACAAAUGCUGCUGGUUCCAUACGGACAACCCAACAACACUGACCCAAACUACAACGAGCUGAUGAAGGUGGGCACCGCUGCAGCGGAUGCGAUCAAAAAAGUCCAUGGAAAGAAGUAUACUGUUGGAACGCCACAUGAAAUACUGUAUGCGUACUCUGGCUCAUCCAGAGAUUGGGCUCGGCACCAGGGAAUCCCCUUCUCUUACACGUUUGAGCUGAGGGACACCGGAACAUUUGGCUUUGAGCUUCCGGAGGACCAGAUCAAGCCCACCUGUGAGGAGGCCUACAGUGGUCUCCUCCACAUCAUCACCUAUGUCCACGACAAGACCUUCAAUGGUGCCACGAGGAGCACGGUCGGAUUUCUGUCAAUCCUCCUCUUGGCAAUAGGAGUCAUUCAAACAAGUGGAUGAACAAGCACUUGUUAAUUUUUUUUUUAUGUCAAUUAACCACACUAAACCUUAACUCACGGUUAAUGGAAAACGAAUCCCAUGUUUAUCCCUGUUCUAAAUGUAUCUUAAAGGCAGAUAUUAUUAACACCAGAGAGGCCAGUGAUGUUUCCAAUGUCCUGCACUUGGCAUGUUGUUGAGCCUCUUCAGAGCCUCUGAGGUUCUUCUAAAGAAUGUUCUGGACAGUAUCUUGUUGUGUUGGGCCGUUGGAGUAAACAAAUGUUUGCAUGAGGAAAACUUAUUGGCCACUCUGCUGUUGAGAACAGCUAUCUUCAAGCUACAUUUAGAACAGAUACAAAAUGUGCGAUUGAGAUUAAACAUUAAGUCUAUCGGCAUCCUGAUUUUUUUAACUGAAAAUCUCAAUCUGAAAAUGAUUUUACUUAUGAAGAACUGUUUAUUCAGCUGCACUUUAGAUUAGAGGACGUGACUUAUUCAUAUGUGUAUUACCUGUAUAUUACACAGCAAUUAAUUAUAAUAAACGACCGAUUAGUGUCUUGCCUGACUGUAUUGGACCUUGGAAUAGUCAGCAAAAUAUCACUCUACAUGUCACCUGUUCUUUACAGUAAAUUAUAGGGACGCUCCGAUCGAACUGGAACUGGAUUUGGAUGCAGCCUUUCUCAGGUGUUGUUUAUACGGAGACAGAAACAACCAAGUCUGUUGCUGUUUUGGAGUGGAGCUGCAUUCAAUAGCCACCUCAAUCUGAAACUUUUGAAAACGUCCAGAGUGGAAACUUUCAUAAAUUCAGUGCUCUCUGUCUCUCACUCCCGCUACAAGCGGCCAGUAUGUCAAUAUUUCACAGACUCAGCAAAGUCUCAAGAGAUUCACCAAACUGCGACAUCUCACAUCAAAUUAAAUGUUUUUGUUAGUUGUCCUUUUGACAGAAUAUUUGCUGGAUUCUGUGAGUUUUUUUUCCUGUUCUUGCCUUCCUAAAGAGGAAUAUUAACACGUGUCUGAAUUAAAAUGA